AUGUCGACCGCCGAGCUCGCUUCUUCCUACGCGGCCCUCAUCCUCGCCGAUGAUGGUGUCGAGAUCACUGCCGACAAGCUCCAGACCCUGAUCAAGGCUGCCAAGAUCGACGAGGUUGAGCCCAUCUGGACCUCUCUGUUCGCCAAGGCUCUUGAGGGCAAGGACGUCAAGGACCUGCUCUCCAACGUCGGCUCUGGUGGUGGUGCUGCCGCCCCCGCUGCUGGCGGUGCCGCUGCCGGCGGUGCCACCGAGGCCGCUGCCGAGGAGGCUCCCAAGGAGGAGGAGAAGGAGGAGUCCGACGAGGACAUGGGCUUCGGUCUCUUCGACUAA